CUUGAAAUCUCAAAAAGAAAAAGAAAAGUAUUUCAAGGCAAGGAAGAACCAACCCAUAAAACCCAAUUAUUAACUUUCUUUCUUUUUACUACUCUCUCUCAUCAUCUUUCUCUCUCUAUAAUAUACUUUACUUUGCCAGCUUCGCCUCGCUCUUCCUGUCCUUCUUGCCGUUUCUUCUCUCAAUUCAUUUCAUCUUACACUUUUCCCACUGAGAUCUGAACCCAGUAAAUUACAAUAGCGAUUGCAUCGUUGGAUUCUGCAUUUGUUUAAAGAAAAUACAAGUUUAGAAGAUUACAAUAUGGCUGGCUCUGCUAAAGCUCUGGAACCAGCAUUUCAAGGAGUCGGUCAGAGAGUAGGAACCGAGAUAUGGAGAAUCGAAAACUUUCAGCCAGUACCAUUGCCCAAAUCUAAUUAUGGGAAAUUCUAUUCUGGUGAUUCGUACAUCGUAUUGCAGACUACUUCCGGUAAGGGCGGUGCAUACUUUUACGACAUACAUUUUUGGCUGGGAAAAGAUACUAGCCAGGAUGAAGCUGGAACAGCAGCGAUAAAAACAGUCGAACUUGAUGCGAUUCUCGGUGGGCGUGCAGUUCAAUAUAGGGAACCGCAGGGUUAUGAGUCUGAUAAGUUUUUGUCUUAUUUCAAACCUUGUAUUAUACCCCUUGAGGGCGGUGUUGCUUCUGGGUUUAAGGAAACCGAAGAAGAAGAAUUUCAAAUACGAUUAUACACGUGCAAAGGAAAACGAGCUGUCAAGUUGAAGCAGGUCCCUUUUUCUCGAUCCACAUUGAAUCACGAUGAUGUCUUUAUCUUGGAUACUAAAGAUAAGAUCUUUCAAUUCAAUGGGGCAAACUCAAAUAUCCAAGAACGGGCUAAAGCGUUGGAAGUUAUUCAGUUUUUAAAGGAUAAAUAUCACGAGGGUACAUGUGAUGUCGCAAUUGUUGAUGAUGGGAAACUGCAAGCGGAGGGUGAUUCCGGUGAAUUUUGGGUGAUCUUUGGUGGCUUUGCUCCUAUUGGCAAAAAGGUUGCAAGCGAAGAUGAUACGAUUCCCGAAAAGACUCCACCGAAACUUUAUUGCAUUGCGGACGGUCAGGUUAAGGAUGUAGAUGGCGAACUUUCGAAAUCUUUACUGGAAAACAACAAAUGCUAUCUAUUGGACUGCGGUUCCGAGGUGUUUGUUUGGGUCGGUCGAGUAACACAAGUGGAUGAAAGAAAAGCUGCCAUGCAGGCUGCUGAGGAGUUCAUUACGAGCCAAAAUCGGCCCAAGGCAACGCGUGUAACUCGGCUUAUUCAAGGUUACGAAACACAUUCAUUUAAGUCAAACUUCGAGUCAUGGCCAUCGGGUUCAGCACCUUCUGCUCCUGAGGAAGGUAGAGGAAAAGUAGCAGCUCUAUUGAAGCAACAAGGUGUUGGUCUCAAAGGGCUUGCAAAAAGUUCUACGGUUACUGAGGAAGUCCCACCUUUGCUUGAAGAAAAUGGAAAAAUCGAGGUGUGGCGGAUUAAUGGAAGUGCUAAAACACCUGUACCAAAGGAGGAUAUCGGUAAAUUUUACAGUGGAGAUUGCUACAUUGUUCUUUAUACCUACCAUUCCAAUGAAAAGAAAGAAGAUUACUACCUGUGCUGUUGGAUCGGUAAAGAUAGCAUCGAGGAGGACCAAAACAUGGCUGCUCGGCUAGCUACAACAAUGUUCAACUCACUAAAAGGAAGACCGGUUCAGGGUCGUGUAUAUCAAGGGAAAGAACCGCCACAGUUUGUUGCAAUUUUCCAGCCAAUGGUGGUGUUGAAGGGUGGAUUGAGCUCUGGUUACAAGAACUACGUUGCAGACAAGGGAUUGAACGAUGAAACCUAUAGUUCAGAUGGUGUAGCCCUCAUUCAGAUAUCGGGUACUUCCGUGCAUAAUAAUAAAGCCGUCCAAGUAGAACCGGUGGCAACUUCAUUGAAUUCUUAUGACUGCUUUCUUCUUCAAUCUGGUUCAUCAUUAUUCACCUGGCACGGAAACCAGAGUACGGUUGAGCAGCACAACAUAGCUGCUAAAAUUGCUGAAUUUUUGAAGCCCGGUGCCAACAUCAAGUUCGCCAAAGAAGGAACCGAGAACUCAACUUUCUGGUUUGCACUCGGAGGGAAACAAGGUUACACCAGCAAAAAAACCGCACCGGAAACCAGCAGAGAUCCUCACUUGUUCGCAUUCUCAUUCAACAGAGGAAAAUUUGAGAUCGAGGAAAUCUACAACUUUUCACAAGAUGAUCUGUUGACCGAGGAUAUGUUAAUAUUAGAUACACACGCUGAGGUGUUUGUUUGGGUCGGUCAGUCUGUAGACUCGAAGGAAAAGCAAAGUGCCUUUGAAAUUGGACAGAAAUACGUAGAGUUGGCUGCAUCUCUAGAUGGGCUAUCCCCAUGUGUGCCUUUAUACCGAGUUUCGGAAGGAAACGAACCUAACUUCUUCACAACAUUCUUCUCUUGGGAUCCUGCAAAAGCCAAUGUUCAAGGGAACUCAUUCCAAAAGAAGGUUUUGCUACUAUUCGGGUUCGGUGGAGGCGGCAAUUCCGGAGAGAGUCAGGAUAAGUCAAACGGAAACCAGGGUGGGCCCACUCAAAGAGCCUCAGCGUUGGCGGCCUUGAACUCCGCUUUCAAAUCAUCACCGACCACUAAAUCUUCAGCUUCUCCGAAAGUACCGAGUCGAGGUUCACAGAGAGCAGCUGCAGUUGCCGCUUUAUCUUCGGUUCUCACUGCUGAGAAAAAGGGAUCAUCCGAUGCUUCUCCAGCUCGGCCCGUUAGAAGCACUGAUGCUUCUCCAGCUCGGUCCAUUAGAAGCCCACCGUCUGAAACUGUCUCACCUGCUGUAGCCAAAAGUGAAGAACCUUCUGAUAGUAAUGAAGGUUCGGAAGUUACCACCGAGACAUCUGACCCGGUUCAAGAGGCCAAUGGAGACGGUUCAGCGCCGAAGCCAGAAGAAAAUGAAUGUGAGAGUGUAAACAGUCAAAGCACUUUCAGUUAUGAACAACUCAGGGCUAAAUCCGAGAAUCCAGUUAAAGGAAUCGACUUUAAAAGAAGAGAGGCUUAUCUAUCUGCUGAAGAAUUCGAGGCGGUACUCGGGAUGACAAAAGAGGCGUUCUACAAAAUACCGAAAUGGAAGCAAGACAUGAUGAAGAAGAAAGUUGAUCUGUUCUAGGAAUUGAAAUGUGGGGCAAGAUAAGAUUUAUUCUUUGAAUUCUUAGUUUUUCAUUGUGGUUGUGUUUUGAUGAUUAUAGGAGUUAGUAUGGGUUGAUUAAUGCCCGAGUAAAGAGUGAUUUUUUUGCCUCUCUUUUGCUGCUGCUGCUGAAUGUUUUUUGAAUUAAAAAAUUGUAUCUGGGUUUGAGUUUGUUUGUGAUAUUUAUUUAUUGUUGAAAAAGACUGUAAAUGGUGAUGUGUUUGUAUUUGAGAACUCAGAUAUUAAGGGUUAAAAGAGUAUGUUGUUUGGUAUUUA